GGCAGCGGCAUCGCACAUUCCUCCCUGAGAACAGGAGGGAGAAGCAGCGCAGCCUCCGCAAUCAGCAGCAGCAGAAGCCUGAGCUGCGGCGCGGACCGUCUCCAGCUCUGCCCGCUCCUCCUCGCCGCCGGGUGCCUGCAUCGGAAUGAGCGUCUGAAGCCCCGUGCCAGGGAGGAGAGAGAGGGGCGCAGGACAAGUCGCAGCAAUCCUGGGGGGCACCCCGAGCCGACAGGAAAGGGGCACCUGGGGAGAUGGCCAGGAAUUGACCGGGAUCUUGGAUGGCUCCUAUCUAUUGCGCAAUCUUGGCCAACUCUGAGGAGCAGAAAGCUGAUUCAUGGAUGGUCGGGGGCUUCCUGGGGCAGAGCAUGAAGCCUGAGACUUUGCUGUGAGCUCCUUCAUGCGUCGCGGUGCUGGGGAUCCACUCUGUCACUUUGUGGGGAUUCGCCGACUUGGGGAGCGACAUGCAGCUGCUGAAGGCUCUAUGGGCACUAGCAGGGGCGGCCAUCUGCUGUUUACUUCUCUUUCUCAUCCACUCUCAGUUCCUUAAAGAAGGUCAACUGGCUGCAGGUACGUGUGAGGUUGUUACAUACGACAGAGAUAGCAGUCAGCCACGAAGGACCAUAGCCCGACAAACUGCUCGCUGUGCAUGUAGAAAAGGACAGAUUGCCGGCACAACAAGAGCAAGGCCAGCCUGCGUAGAUGCACGUAUUAUCCGAACGAAACAGUGGUGUGAAAUGCUUCCAUGUUUAGAAGGGGAAGGCUGCGAUUUAUUAAUCAAUAAGUCAGGUUGGACCUGCACGCAACCAGGUGGGCGAAUAAAGACAACUACGGUCUCCUGACAAAUGCAACAACCAUACUCUGAAAAAGGAGUUCAGGCUUGUGAGAGCUAUGUACUUUAAGCAAAUUCUCUGCUGUGGAUCCUCAUCUUGUAUGUCAUCAACUCUGUCUGUUCCCCGGUAUCUCAUAAAAGACGGCAUAAUUCUCUACGUUAUGAGCAAAACUCUGUCCUUCCAUGUUAAGGAUCACUGGCAACAAGAAAACUGUAUGUUGAUAUGAGAUAUGCUUGGGCAUUAGCAAUACAGAUCAUGGUUAACAUUUCAUCUGCGAUGUGUACACCACUGCUAGACUUGAUAAUAUCAACUUCUCUGAAACAGAAUAUUCUACCAUUUUGAAGAGUAUUCUUCCCCUUAUCAGCCUUAGAAAGAAGACUGUUUUAUCUACAAGAGGACUAAAAAAAAGAGUGACUCCUUGUGCCCUGGACUGUCCGAAUUGCUUUUAUUUUCUUAUAUGUUGGAUAUAAAUACAAUAGACCAAAGAGUAAAGCCUAUGUUCGAAAGGACACGGACCUAAUAUCAUCGAGCAUAUUGGGGUCAAAUGUAAAGGUUAAACAUGAAUGCUUCUUAUGAUUUAUCAAAAGGACAUGUUUUGAGCCUUUUCAACUUGGGAGUUUUACUAUGUAGUGGACAUCAGUAUGGACAACUGCAGCAAAAUGGAUGCAGAAAUAGCUCUUCACUAGAACAUCUAAAGAACCUAAUGGAGCAUGGAGAAAACAGUAACAGCCUAUGUUUCAAAACACAUUUCACAAAACAGAAACUGUCUUAAUGAUAUCUUUAUUCCUCUGUACUUAGAAUGACAUUCCCAUACUAAACUAAUUUUCAGUUUUAACCAGUAAAAUAUGCCUCUUCUACAAUUCCAUUUUGAUAGUUGAAAUUGGAUAAAACGGUAUUUGCUAAAGAGCAUGUUUGGUCACCUGGCCUCAUUCAGUACACCAUUUAGCACCAGAAAGAAAAUUCAAGAAAAAAGUGAUACUUGUUUGAAAGAGAUCAUUAAAUGUAUUUUGAAAAGCCUAAAGUUAUAUAUUUAACAGUUUUUAUAUGUUGUAUAUUUGUAGAAAAUCCUAUUUAACAAUUAACGUAGUAACUCUACAAUGGGAAAAUGUCAGAGUUCUGUUAUGUUUAUUACUUCAGUUGUCUCUGAAGUCACCAGUGUAGUUUUGCUUUCUUCCAUUGGGACGUUUUGGAUGUAAAGCAUGAGCAGAGAGGACUCUGUAGAAAAAGCAAAGAAUAUUGUUUAUAUAAUAUAAAUGCAU